AUGGAGUUAAAUUACGACCAAAGUGAUCCAAACCAUAUCGACUUAUCGGAGGCUGAUUUACUGAUAGAAGACACAAUAAAAAAAAGGGAAAGAGUUGUUCAAAUGGAAGGCCAACAAAAUCAAAUGUUUAGAAUACACUUAAACACUGUUCAGAACUAUUUUUUGAGACUAUCAACCAUUAAAAAAACAAAGUUUUUAUCGGAACUAAUUGGUGAAGUUAACGAUAGUGUAACUUUAACAACACUUUUAAGUGUCGUGUAUACUGUAGACGAUAAACUGGCGAGUUAUUUAAAGGUCACGACAGAUACAAAUAACAUACACGAUAAAUUGUUGGCUGAUCAUAAUAGAAGCGUUGAAAAAUCUGCAAUUGAAAUGACUUUAAGUGAUGAUACUGUUUGGUUUCAACAUUUGAGUAAUUUUGAACAAUAUAAGCUAAUAUUAUAUUGUUGUUUUGAAAGGCUGCAAAGAAAUCUAGAACAAAUAGAAGAUGUCAAAGUGUCAAAACAGCGGCAAAACAACGAAAUCGAAAAUGAAUCCUACAAAAAAGAUGACCCAUUUAAUAUUAAAGUGGAACAAAGCAGAAACGAUUGGAACAAGAUGAUAAUGGCGUACGCUAAAAAAAUCGAAAUUGAGCAUGCCAAAUUAUCGAAACAAAAGGAUAAGAACAAAGAUAAAAAGGUCAAGAAAGGAAAUGAUAAGAAAAGUAAGAAAGGCAAAUCUAGUAAGUCUAGUAAGUUGUCCAAGUCUAGUAAGACGUCGAAAUCCAGUAAAAAGAAUCCCGAAUUCGUGGUCAAAAAAGAUCUCGAAAUCGAAUCACUACUACAAAAAUCAAAAUUCAGUAAAGUUCUUGGCGUGCGCGAACAAAAACUAAUGAAACGUGGCGCAAUAAUCAGAAAACUGCGCCCAAAAUUUCAAAGCGCAGCCGAAUUAUUCGAAUCCUCAUUAUUUAACAACAGCGUAAAACCAGGAAUGUCAACUGCCGAUUUACCGUACGAUUUCCUAACGUCAUACCCUCGUAUACAUAACGAAGACACCCUGUACAAAAAUAAACCUUGCCGCGAAAUUUUCGAGAUGGAAAUCGAGCAACAAGGUGAUAUUGGUGUCGAUGUAUUAUUUGAAUUACCGCCCACAUCUGUAACUAAAGCUGGCCUUAAUUUGGAGAAAACUGCGAUGGUCGAGGAUUGGUGA